UUGUUCUCUUCCCUCGACUACCUAAACUAUUUCUUCACAAUCUCUCAGUAUUACCCAUUUUCAGCUCAAGAAUACCUCGAUCGAUUUGUACACCUCUACAACUCAGUGGUCGAAGAUAAUCAGUACGGUAUUUCAUCGGUACACUACAGUAAUCUGUCAUAUGCUGAUGGAACUAUCACCAAUCGAUGGAGCAACGAGAAGCUGUGGUUCCAAAAGGUGAACUUCACUCGAAAUUCUGAAGCCGUCAUUUGGAUCCAUUCGCCACAACACGAAGUCCUACCCAAUACUCCUAUCUCAGAGAUCCACUAUCAUCUGGACAACUGUUCAGUAGCCGAUAAUCAUGGGCCAGUGAUUGAGACACAUCGCGAUCUGUUCGCGUCUGCAAACAUAUUCCAUUGGAACAUUUGGUCGAACACUUUCGUGAACAAUUCGAACAGUGGUGUUGCUGUGCGUCUUCCAGACACGUACGACCUUCUUGCCAAGCCUGAACAUAGCUUCUGGGUAUCUUUCCCUAUUUGA